AUGUCGCUCAACGCAGAGCCCGCCGAUCCUCAGGAGCGACAGGAACACCAUCUUCCGCCCAAGUCGUUCGCCGAUGCAGCUCACGAAGCUAUCGAACAAAAUGGCCAAGAUACGAUCAACGAGGAGUCGAUCAAGGAAACGCCUCCAACAAGGAAGCUUUCAAGAAAAGGCAGUAUUGAGCCUCGCCCGCUCCAGGAGAUGCUAGACGAGGAAGAGAGACAGCCUUCAUUACCGUCAACGCCCGUCCAACCUCGCCGCACUCGUUCUCAGAAGCAGGAGAAGUCAUGGGCAGAUAUGGCCGAGGAGGGCGUCAACACGGCAGCACACCCUACCAUUGAUCUGCAUGCUGGUGAGGGCCAUGAAGCCCAUGCGGGUGGUGAGGAGUUCACAGGCGAGGGCCGCAAUGAGUCGCCCAAGAGCCCAGCACAGCUCAACCGACCCCACAAGCGCACCUCUUCCAUCAGAUCAAACAAGUCCAUGAGCCCGAAGAAGACCGUCUCAGAAGGUCCGGACGGCCAGCAACAGAAGCUUGUCUAUGAAAAGUUCGAGAGUCCCGACGGCAAGCAAUUGACCAGCGUGAAGCCUGACGACUCGUACGAGGAGGCUCUAAGAAUCGAUGAGAAGGAAGCUCCACAGAAGAAAGAACAGCAACCCAAGGGAUCAAAGGAUGAGCUUGUUAGUGGAAAAAGAGCCGGAGCAGGUUGGGAGUCGUCGGCGUAUGUUCUUCCACACACGCUUAACCAUUCGAGUUGGCUAACACGUAUACCAGCNAUAAGAUGGGCACCACUCAAUGUUCCUCUCCAGCGCCGACUACAAACAGGAAUGGUUCUCAUUCAUACCUUGAGCAUCGCACUCUUCCUUGCCGCCUUCUUCGUCCUCUGCGCCAUUCCUGUCCUCUGGCCCUUAUUGCUGCCCUACCUCCUCUACGUCCUGUUUUCCAAGGCAGGCACCUCGGGCUCUCUCAGAUAUCGUUCCGAGUGGCUGCGACGUCUUCCGGUCUGGUCUCUUUUUGCUUCCUACUUCCCUGCCCGCCUCCAUCGUUCGCAAGAGCUACCUGCCACCCGCAAGUACGUCUUUGGCUACCAUCCACACGGUAUCAUCAGCCACGGUGCUUUUGUCGCCUUUGCAACCGAGGCCCUUGGCUUUGCACAGCUGUUCCCGGGAAUCACCAACACCCUCCUGACUCUUGACUCGAACUUCCGUAUCCCGCUCUACCGUGAUUACGCUCUGCGUCUUGGUCUGGCCUCAGUCUCUCGUGAGAGUUGCGAAAACAUCCUUUCCAAGGGCGGUCCGAACGGCGAGGGCAUGGGCCGUGCCAUCACCAUCGUCGUUGGUGGUGCUCGCGAAUCUCUAGACGCUCAGCCUAACAGCUUGCGUCUUGUACUCGCUCGUCGCAAGGGUUUCGUCAAGCUCGCUAUUCGCACCGGCGCUGAUCUCGUUCCCGUGCUGGCGUUUGGAGAGAACGAACUCUACGAGCAGUUUGAUCCCCAAGCGCAUCCCACAAUUCACAAGUUUCAACUACUGGUCAAGAAGGCUUUGGGCUUCACAAUUCCACUCUUCCACGCACGUGGUGUCUUCAACUACGAUGUUGGCAUGAUGCCCUACCGACGCCCACUCAACAUUGUCGCUGGUCGACCUAUCAUGGUGCGCAAGCAGGAGCGUCCUGACUCCAAGUACGUCGAUGAGAUUCACGCGCAAUACGUUGAUGAGCUCAAGCGUAUCUGGGACGAGUGGAAGGACGUCUUUGCCAAGCACCGCGAUGGUGAUCUUGAGAUUGUCGAGUAA